AAGAGCAGGAGGUGGGCUGAACAGGAAGUGUGAGCAGGAUGGCUCGGCUAGUACCUCUACUUCUGGGUGCAGCCCUCCUCUCCCCGGGCCUGGGGAAGAUCAUCCAGCGUCGGGAGUGUGGAGAAACUGAGGGCGACAUAUACCAGUUCUCCUUCAAGACGCUAGUAAAUAGAACUGAAAUCAGCUUCGAGGAGUACAGAAAUAAGGUGGUGAUGGUGGUCAAUGUGGCCACCUACUGAGGCUUCACCAGCCCCAAUUACAAACAAAUGAAUGCACUGGCGGAGUACUACGCCGACGCCGACUUUGAGAUCCUGGCUUUUCCCAGCAACCAGUUUGAGUUGCAAGAGCCGGGGGUCACAGGUGAGGAGAUCAUGAACGGGAUCCGACACGUCCGCCCAGGAGGAGGUUUCGAGCCAUUGUUUACCAUAUUCCAGAAGACGGGGGUGAACGGCGCCAAAGAAAACGGGCUCUAUACAUUCCUGAAGGGUGCCUGUGACUACACCUUCACGGAGUUCUGGCCGGGAUUGUUUUAUGAUCCUAUCAAGGUUGGGGACCUUCAGUGGAACUUCGAGAAGAUCCUGAUAGGUAAGGAUGGCAAGCCUUACACACGAUACCACCCCUCAGUUAUCCUCGCUAACAGCUUCAAGGAUGACAUCGACUACCUUCUGAACAUGUAAGUCACUAAUAGGGAAGUUACGGUGUGUGUAAGGACGUUCACUUCAUAUCAAUGGAAUCCCCAGCUGAGGCUCGGCGUCCUACCCCCACCUACCCUCAAGUAGUGCCCCAUUCAUGACGACGCUGCCAGAAACCCUCAGGUGGGCGGUGUCUGAAGUAGUCAGGGGAGCGAGGCCUCUUGUGCAUUCUGGCUUCGACUCCCCUGCCUGUGGGCUGCUGCAGAGGGUGGGCGAAGCUGGACCACGCCAAGCUGGGGGCCACACCCACAAACGAAAUGUAUUAAAAAAAAUUGAUAGCAUUAAAACGAUCAGUGACGAUCAA